AUGAGAUAAGAGCGUUUCAAGUGGGAGCGCGGGUGGCCACUUGGUGAUAUCCGUUGUAAUGGAAGCUCUUCUCAGCUCCACCACACCCAUCCAAACCCACCGUCUCUCCUCCCCAAACCCCAGAUCCUCUCUCAGACCCACCUUCUCACCUUCCUCUCUCUCCAUCUCAGAUAGGAGAUCUCGUGGGAGAAUUGGAAGAAGAAUCCAAGCUCGCAAGCGCCCUCUUCUCAGAGUCUCUGCAGCAAGCCCCCAGUCUACCCCUUCUUCGGUGGAAACCAUUUCAACUGGCUCGGAAAUCCCCUCCAAGAUGAAGGCUUGGGUGUACGACGAGUACGGGGCUGCCAGCGUCUUGCGGUUCGACGAGGGGGUAUCGGUCCCGGAGGUGAAGGAAGAUCAAGUCCUCGUCAAGGUGGUAGCUGCCGCUCUCAACCCGGUGGAUUUCAAGAGGAGGCAGGGGAAAUUCAAAGCAACUGAUUCCCCUCUUCCAACUGUUCCAGGUUAUGAUGUGGCUGGUAUAGUUGUGAAGGUGGGUAGCCAAGUGCAGAACUUAAAGGAAGGAGAUGAGGUAUAUGGGGACAUAAAUGAGAAAGCUCUGGAGAAUCCUAAGCAGUUUGGGUCACUUGCUGAAUACACAGCUGUAGAGGAGAAAUUGCUGGCAAUAAAACCCAAGAAUCUGGAUUUCAUACAGGCUGCUGGGCUACCACUUGCCAUAGAAACAGCCUAUGAAGGCCUAGAAAAAGCUGGCUUUUCAGCUGGUAAAUCCAUCCUUGUAUUGGGUGGUGCAGGCGGAGUUGGAUCUUUAGUGAUUCAGCUAGCUAAGCAGGUUUAUGGUGCAUCAAAGGUUGCUGCCACCUCCAGCACAGGGAAAUUGGAAUUUUUGAAGAGCCUAGGAGCUGAUUUGCCAAUUGAUUAUACCAAGGAAAACUUUGAAGAACUACCAGAGAAAUUUGAUGUAGUAUAUGACGCUGUUGGGCAGUGUGAAAAAGCAGUGAAAGUAGUGAAAGAAGGCGGGAGUGUGGUGGUGUUGACUGGUCCUGUGUCUCCACCAGGUUUCAGAUUUGUAGUCACCUCUGAUGGGGCUGCACUGACAAAGCUGAACCCAUUUCUUGAGAGUGGGAAAGUGAAGCCAAUUGUGGACCCAAAGGCUCCAUUUCCAUUUUCUCAGGUGAUUGAGGCAUUCUCCUAUCUUGAAACUGGAAGAGCUACUGGGAAAGUGGUUGUACACCCAAUACCGUGAAGUAGAAUGAGCAUUUUUCCAGUAGGCUAGUGGAGGUUCUGUAGUAAAGCUUCAACAAUAGUAGAAAGUUUAUAGCACUAAUAAAGUUUCUUGUAUUCUUUUUGCACGGUUCUCUUUCUGUUGUAUAUGCAGUUUUAAUGUUUGU